CGAAUCUCGGUCCACGAGGAACACUGAAGAUGCUGGUGGGCGGGGCUGGGCAGAUCAAGAUCACCAAGGUGGGCGACGGGCCGGCGGACCGGUGACGACCAUGGUGGCUGGCACCAUCCAAGUCUGUCGGCCUGCAGGUGAGGCAGGCCGAAUCCGCAACUGGAGGGAAUUUUUGAAUUCAACACGUCAUUCUUGCAGUGUUUUCCAGGAUUGGGUAGGACUCACCGCUAACUCUCCCAGUAGUUGUAGGAGCAAUGGAUUUUGACUCAAAACCAUUAAAGUGCGUUCAGGGAAGUCAGAGAUGUUGUCCUGCGGCUGUCAAUUGUCCAAGAGCCUUGUAGCCUUAGAAAUGAUCUCUUGGUGGGGCUAGCAAGCAUUGCUCAGCCAGUGGGCAGCAAGUGUUGUGAGGCUAGAAAUUUUGCCGUCUCCAUGUUUUUCGAGGCCCUAGGAUGCCAUCUGCAUCUGAAAACACCCCAAAGGUCUGCCGAUCCGGAUAAGUGCUUCCCGGCGCGGCCUCAUCUAGGAUGGAUCAGUGUUGCUCAGUGAGAUGCAGAUCCAGCAUCCCACAGCCUCCAUGAUCGCCCGAGCAGCAAGUGCGCAGGAUGAGUUCACAGGCGAUGGGACGACAUCCAGGCACAUAGAGCUCGAUCGUCGUCGAUUGGACUCUCUGUCAUUGAGAAGUGUGUCAAAGGUCACGCACGAAAAACCUCACACUUCACAGCACUUUCUCUCAGCCCUCCCACGCAAAUCACAGCGACAAGAGCAGCGCAUGUUCCUCUUCUCCAACGUCUCCUGGCCAUCCUGGAGAUAUACAGGGGGUCCCACCUGCCGGACACGCACGCACUCGCGGGGCUCAGUCUCCCGCGUGCGCGGACUACGUGUGUGCGCGCUCUCGGCACCCCUGCCCUGGGCGUGUGGCUCAGUGUGAUGUUCAUCGGGGAGCUGAUGAAGUUGGCCGAGCAAAGCCUGGCCGAAGGCCUCCACCCACGGCUCAUUGCAGAGGGCUUUGAGCUUGCACGCGAAGAGACAGUGAAGUUCUUGGACAACUUCAAGAUCCACAUCGACGAGCCGCUCAAGGAGCGUGAGAAGUUGGUGUGCGUGGCGAGGACGUCUUUGAGGACCAAAAUCGCACCAAACCUAGCCGAUCCCAUGGCAGAGGUCGUGGUAGAUGCUGUUCGUACCAUCAAAAAGGAGGACCAGCCUCUCGACCUCAACAUGGUGGAGAUUUUGCACAUGAAGAACAAGUUGGUGACUGAUACCCGUCUCAUCAAGGGGCUGGUUCUCGACCACGGUGCGAGACACCCUGACAUGCCAAAGCGCUUGGAAAACUGCUACAUUCUCACCGCGAACGUAUCAUUGGAGUAUGAGAAGAGUGAGGUCAACGCUGGCUUCUUCUACAGCAGUGCAGAGCAGCGAGAGAAGUUGGUGGAUUCUGAGCGGAAGUUCACUGAUGAGAAAGUCAAGAAGAUCAUUGAGUUGAAGAAGAAGGUUUGCACAGAGGAAAAUAAGAAGUCCUUUGUGCUGAUCAACCAGAAGGGCAUUGACCCGCCAUCUCUGGAGAUGCUAGCACACGAGGGCAUCAUCGCGCUGCGCAGGGCGAAGCGCCGCAAUAUGGAGCGGCUGCCCCUGGCCUGUGGCGGGAUUGCUGUCAACUCCGUAGAUGAUUUAGAUGUGGAUGAUCUUGGCCAUGCAGACCUUGUGUACGAACAAAGCUUGGAGGACGACAAGUUCACCUUCAUUGAGGGUGUGAAGAAUCCUCAGAGCUGCACUGUCCUCAUCCAGGGCUCAACGGAUCAUGCCGUUGCACAAAUGAAGGAUGCCAUCAAGGAUGGUCUUAGAGCAGUGCAGAAUGUCGUGGAAGAUGAGGCCAUCGUCCCUGGCGCCGGGGCGUUUGAGGUGGCGGCCCAUGUGCACCUCGAAGAGUUCAAACGCUCGGUGGAUGGGAAGCCUCGCUUGGGGGUGGAGAUCUUUGGAAAGGCAUUGCUUGUGGUGCCGAAGACGCUCCUGGAGAAUUCGGGCAUGGAUGUGCAGGAGAAGCUGCUCAGAGUUCUUGCUGAUCGUGAGAACAAGCAGAAGGUUGUGGGGGUCAGCGUCUCCAGCGGAGACCCCAUCGAUCCGGCCAUUGAAGGCAUCUAUGACAACUUCUUAGUCAAGAAGCAGAUGCUGGGGCUGGCUCCAGUCUUGGCAGAGCAGCUGUUGCUGGUCGAUGAGGUGAUCCGGGCAGGGAAGUCCAUGAAGAACGACGGUGGGAUGCAGGGGUAGCCAGGGAAGCUGUGGUCAAGUGGUAUGGCUCAAUUUUGGCGGGUUGGGCAACCAGUCAC